AUGGGGCGCCCAGCGCUGCGGGCUUGCUGUCCUCUCUCCUCUCCUGUGUUCCUGCCCGCUCCUGUCCGGCUGGCCAGUGCUGGCCCAUCGGAGAGGGCUGCCUGCCAUGGCACAGUGUCCUGCUCGCUUGGCUCCAGCGUCAGCCGUCAUUUCCAAGAGCAAAAUGUCCCUGGAGCCAAAUGCGGGAAACCCGUCAUCAGCGAAGAACCUGCUCGGGAUGCCAGUUUUAUCCAUUUUUUCACAGGUUUAUUUGUUUCUCUGGAUCAGCCAACCCUUAGCAUCCAAAAAGAUGUCCUCACAAUAACUGCCAAUGACACUCUCAAUAUUACUUGCAGCGGUCAGAGACCACUGGAGUGGUCCUGGCCAAGCAACCAGAGCAGUGCUGAGAAGCGUAUCUCUGUGACAGACUGCAGCGAUGGCCCCUACUGCAAGACACUUACUCUCCUCAAAGUCAUCGGCAAUGACACAGGGGACUACAGGUGCCUUUACAGGGACAACCAAGCAGCUACAACCAUUUAUGUCUAUGUUCAAGAUUACAGAUCUCCAUUUGUGACUUCAGUUAGUGAUCAGCUUGGCAUUGUAUACAUCACUAAGAAUAAAACUGUGGUAGUGCCGUGCCUUGGAACCGUAUCAAAUCUCAACGUAUCUCUACAUGCGAAAUAUCCAGAAAAGAUAUUUGUUCCUGAUGGUAAAUCAAUUUCGUGGAAUAAUAAAAAAGGCUUCACUAUACCCAGUCAUUUAAUCAACUAUGCGGGCAUGGUCUUCUGUGAAGCUAAAAUAGAUGAUGAAAGCUAUCAGUCUGUGAUAUACAUAGUCGCAGUUGUAGGAUACCGAAUUUAUGACCUGACGAUGAACCCGCACUACCAAGUCGAGCUGGCAGUGGGAGAAAAACUUGUUCUCAAUUGCACCGUAAGAACGGAGCUGAAUGUAGGAAUUGAUUUUAAAUGGGAUUACCCUUCCAUCAAGGAAAAACGUGCAACCAUAAGGGAUUUAAAAACCACAGCAGGAGAAGUAAAGAAGUUUGUAAGCACCCUUACCAUCGACAGCGUGUCCUUAAGUGACAAAGGUCGAUAUACUUGCGCAGCAUCCAGUGGCCGUAUGAACAUGAAAAACAGCAGUUACUUCAUUAUCCAUGAAAGUCCUUUUAUUCACCUGGAGAGAAUGGAGAAUGUGGUUGAGACAAAGUUAGGUGACACAGUCAAAAUUCCCGUCAAGUUUAAAGGAUAUCCUCCACCAGAGGCAAAAUGGUAUAAAAACGGGAAGGCCAUCAAUGCAAAUCAUACAGUUAAAGUUGGCUACACAUUAGUGAUCGCUGAAGCAACUGAGAAGGACGCUGGGAAUUACACCGUUGUCCUUACAAACCCUUCCAACAAGAUGCAGAAGAGGCAUACAUUCACUCUGCUUGUGAACGCCCCCGCCUCGGCCGGCCCGCGGCCCUCCGCCGUCCUCUGGCACUGGCAGCUGGAGGAGGAGUGCACUUUCAGCCCCCAGAAAGUUCGCUCAGGAGCCAAUCCAUAUGCAUGCAGGAAAUGGAAAGUGAUCUCGGAGAGAAAGGGUGGGAAUCAGGUCGAAAUUAAGCACCGAGUUGUUACUAUUGCCGGGAAAACAAAGACUGUGAGCACCCUCGUGAUUCAAGCAGCGAACGUAUCCGCGUUGUACAGGUGUAUGGCGACGAACAGAGCUGGGUCAAGCGAGAGAGUCAUCUCAUUUCACGUGACCAGGGGUCUUGAAAUUAAUCUUCAGCCUCGGAAUCAGCUCACAGAGAAAGAUAACAUGUCCUUGCAAUGCACAGCAGACAAAUUCACCUUUGAGAAGCUAUCAUGGUACAAACUCAGCGCUCACGCUUCGCAGACUCCCUUUGGAGGGCUGCCCAUGCCCGUUUGCAAGAACCUCAAUGCUCUCCAGAAGCUGAAUGCAACAGUUUCAAAUACCAAUGGUGAAAAUGUCACCUUAGAGCUCAUCCUCCGAAACAUCUCCCUCCAGGAUGGAGGGGACUACGUUUGCAUUGCUCAGGACAAAAAGGCUAAAACACAGCACUGCCUGGUGAAGCACCUCACUGUGCAAGAGCCCAUGGCACCCACACUCAUAGGAAGUCUGGAAAAUCAAACAACAAACAUUGGUGAAACCAUAGAAGUGUCAUGCACAGCAAAUGGCAUUCCUCCUCCAAACAUCAUGUGGUUUAAAAAUAAUGAAACGCUUGUUGAAGAUUCAGGUAUUGUUUUGAAAGAUGGAAACAAAACACUAACCAUUCGUCGAGUGAGGAAAGAAGACGGUGGGCUAUACACCUGCCUUGCCUGCAACGUCCUCGGAUGCAGAAAAGCAGUGGCUUUUUUUUCAGUGGAAGGCGCUGAAGAGAAAACAAAUCUGGAGCUCAUUAUCCUCGUUGGCACUGCAGUGAUUGCCAUGUUCUUCUGGUUGCUUCUUGUAAUCAUCCUCCGGACCGUUAAGCGGGCCAAUGGAGGGGACAUGAAGACUGGCUACUUGUCAAUCAUCAUGGAUCCUGAUGAAAUCCCUAUAGACGAGCACUGCGAACGGCUCCCAUAUGAUGCCAGCAAGUGGGAGUUUCCCAGAGACCGGCUAAAGCUAGGUAAACCUCUUGGGCGUGGAGCUUUUGGCCAGGUCAUAGAAGCGGACGCAUUCGGGAUCGACAAAACGGCUACCUGCAAAACAGUGGCAGUCAAAAUGCUUAAAGAGGGUGCAACCCAUAGUGAGCACAGAGCACUUAUGUCGGAGCUGAAGAUCCUCAUUCAUAUUGGCCAUCAUCUCAACGUUGUCAAUUUACUUGGAGCCUGCACUAAACCAGGAGGACCACUCAUGGUGAUCGUGGAAUAUUGCAAGUUUGGAAAUCUAUCAGCUUACCUACGGAGCAAGAGGAGUGAAUUUGUCCCAUACAAGACCAAAAGUGCCAGGUUUCGUCAGGGGAAGGAGAACUAUGUUGGUGACAUCUCCGCAGACCUGAAGCGACGGUUGGACAGCAUCACGAGCAGCCAGAGCUCAGCAAGCUCCGGCUUUGUGGAGGAGCGGUCCCUGAGUGACGUGGAAGAGGAGGACGCUGGUCCUGAAGACCUUUGCAAGAACCCUUUGACCAUGGAGGACCUCAUCUGUUAUAGCUUCCAGGUGGCGAGGGGAAUGGAGUUCUUGGCUUCACGCAAAUGCAUCCACAGGGACCUGGCUGCUCGUAAUAUCCUCUUGUCAGACAAUAAUGUGGUCAAAAUCUGUGAUUUUGGCUUGGCUCGAGACAUCUACAAAGAUCCAGACUACGUCAGGAAAGGAGAUGCCAGACUGCCCCUAAAAUGGAUGGCACCAGAAACCAUUUUUGAUAGAGUAUAUACCAUUCAGAGUGAUGUAUGGUCCUUUGGAGUUCUGCUGUGGGAAAUAUUUUCAUUAGGCGCGUCGCCGUACCCUGGAGUGAAAAUUGAUGAGGAAUUUUGCAGAAGACUGAAAGAAGGGACAAGAAUGAGAGCGCCAGACUACACAACACCAGAAAUGUACCAAACAAUGCUGGAUUGCUGGCAUGGAGAUCCUAAGCAGAGACCGACUUUUUCAGAGCUGGUGGAGCACCUGGGGAACUUACUGCAAGCCAACGUCCGUCAGGAUGGUAAAGACUACGUUGUCCUUCCUUUGUCAGUAUCGCUGAAUAUGGAAGAGGAUUCAGGUCUCUCUCUCCCAACUUCACCUGCUUCCUGUAGGGAGGAAGAGGAAGUCUGUGAUCCUAAAUUCCAUUAUGACAACACAGAAGGAAUCAGUCAGUACCGACAAGGUAGCAAAAGAAAAAGCCGUCCUGUGAGUGUGAAAACAUUUGAAGAUGUCCCAUUGGUAACCACUGUAAAAGUUGUUCAGGAGGAAAACCAGACAGAUAGUGGGAUGAUUCUUGCGUCUGAAGAGCUGCAGACAUUGGAAGAGAGCAAUAAACAAGUGAAAAUACCCUUUAGCACGCUGGUGCCCAGCAAGAGUAACGAGUCCGUCAUGUCCGAAGCCUCCAACCAGACGAGCGGGUACCAGUCCGGGUACCACUCGGACGACAUGGACACCACCGUCUACUCCAGCGAGGAGACUGAACUCUUGUGCGCCCGGGAGGCGUCGCCCCCGCUCUGCCGCGCUCACGG